AUGUUCUCAGGAGCAUCGAAUAUCUUUGUGAUAUACGCACGAAAGGCUGAUUUUUCAUCCACAGUACCUCGCCGAAUGGGACGUCCUUCACACUCCUACUUGAUGUCUCAGUUAAGUCGCUCUAAAGGAGAGGCAUGGGGCGAGGCAGAACAAGUCGACAUGGUGAAUCCUUCCCCUCUGGAAUGGGUCAUGACCAGGACAACGCUCCCAGCUUCGCCUCUUCCACCGUUAAAUACUCGUCCGGAGAUUCGGACCGAGCGACUCGUCCUGCGUCCCACGUUGGAAAGCGAUUUGGAGGAAUGGCAUGCUCUGCGUCUUCAACCAGAGGUCAUGAAAUGGACUGGACAGGGAAAGCCAGAUCCGGACAUCAAUUGGUCCAAGGAGACGUUGACAUGGAGGCUGUCGCCAGAGGGCGAUGCCAAGUACGAAUACGUUGUUUGCCUGGCCGACACGAGACAGAUGAUCGGAACGGCAGGUAGUCAUAUGCUAGUGGGAGAGCUUGGAUGGCCUGUGAUAGGGUACUUGCUUCGGAAGGAGUUUUGGGGCAAGGGUUACGCUACAGAACUCGUGCAUGCGUUCUUGAAGGCCUGGUGGGCGCUUCCGCGAGACGAGGUCGACGUCAAGGUAGAGAAGAGCACGGCUGUGGAGGAGGACGAUGGCAAAGUGAGGGAGUGUAUUGUUGCCGUGACGGCUGACAGCAACAAGCCAAGCCAGAGGGUUCUCGCCAAGGCAAAUAUGCGGUUCGUCAAGGCUUGGGAUGUAGUUGGUGAGGAUGAUGAAUCGGUAUCUAAGACUCUGUACGGCUACGUGGCUCAGCGCCCGGUGCGGUAA